AGGAUAUGUAAAAUUCUCCAAAGGAAAAUCCUCCUGUUGGUAUCAAUUAUGAUUUGAUUAUUAAUUUAGAUACAGGAAGCAUCGUUUAGGAAAUUUAUAGAGAAGAAUAUAUUCCAGUUCAAUAGAUUUAAAGAAGAGAGGAGGAUGCAGUAUUUAUUGAUGAAAACCCUUAAAUUGUGUUGGAGAAACUCAUGAAGCUAAAAGAUUGCCAUUACAAAGAGAGGUAAACUAAGUGAUAACGAUAGACUUGCUUUUACAAAAAGAUUAGGAGAACUAUUAUCAUGGAUAGGAGAUUCUGCAAUUGACAAUUUAAAUACAAUCAUACAGUAGAUAGUAAAAUGAAGUGUUAAUUUGUAGUUAGAAGAUGCUGAUGAAAUUAAGAAAAAUUUUAUUGCCCAAUUAGAGUAAAUCUGUGUGCUUUUGAAGACCAAAUAAAACAGUUAAGAACUCAUAAAACAACAUGUAGUUAAGGCUCUAUAGGAAUUAUUGAAAUCUAAUAAUUUCGAUGUAAUCAAUUGAUUUAUAAUAAGAUCAAAGAAUAGGCUGGAAAUUCUAUAAGCAUAGUUGCCAAAGAACUAAAUGAAAGAGACAGAGGAAAUCUCAUUUUGACCCAAGUUAUUCAGAUGGCUCAUGAUGACAAUAAUGACGAGAAUGUUAUAAUUGCCGUUAAAGUUAAUAACAUGAUGUAUUUUAUAGUUAUUCGGCCAACUGGCUGCAGAUUUCGGACCUGAAUUGUCGGAGUCAUUCAUAGCUUUGGAAAUCCUAUCCAAAGGAGAUGAUGCCAAAUAACCAAUACGCAAAGAGGCCGUUCUUCAAUUGGCUAACAUAGCUAAAGUUCUCUCUAAGGAUUUUAUUAAACAUAGACUAAUCCCAUUCUUUUCUAAGUAAUUUGAUGCAUUGAUUAAUUAAGAAAAACUGAAGAGAGAACAUGGUAAACAAGAAAGGCCUGUCUUGAUAUCAUAGUUAAAUUAGCUGAGUAGACAGAUACAGAAAACUUUGAUUUGAUCACUGGAAGAUUACUGGCAUUAUUAGAGUAAAUAAUACAAUUAAAUAUAAAAAGUGAUUAAAAUAAGUGGGUCAAAUAACACGCAUAUAAACAAUUAGGCAAAUACAUAUCAAUUAUCACAAAAUCAGAAAAUAUCAAUGAUAAACUCUUAGAAUUCUAUUUGAAGAUGAAUGAUUCUGACAUCAGAGAAUUGGGAAUUGAUAAUGAAGUAAUCUCAAUUAUGUAUUGAAGAUCGUCAUUGAAUGCGCCUUGUAUUUCCCAGCUGUCCUCUAAGUGUACACUGAGAAAAAGUGGCCUCAACUUAGCAAAUUGUUUUUGAAAUUGAUUAAUCAUAAAGAUAAGGUAUAGAUACAUCAUAUUUCUUUGAGAGUCAAAAAACCUUUGGCUUGUAGUAUACAUGUGCUAGCUAAAUUGUUGGGACCCUAAUUGGCCUACUCAGAAUUGCUUAAAGUCUUGGAACAAUUGCUUCAAGAUCCCAAUGAUGAAAUCAAACACGGGGCAGUUGAGAACUUGAGCUUGUUUUUUGAUGCCAUUGAAGAAUCUAAGAGAGCAUCGCUAAUUGAUAUUUUAUUGAUUAUAUAGAAGGACCAAAAGAAAUGGAGAAUCAGAGAAUUAAUUGCUAAAUAGAUUUCACACUUGGCUCAAGUGUUUGAUGUUGAGACUGUAUUUUCUAUCAUACUUCCAGUUUCAACUAAAUUGUGUAAUGAUAAUGUUUAUGCUGUUAGAAAAGCAGUAACUAUUAUAAUUUAAAUUAGGCUGCCAAACAAAUCUUUGAACUUUAUGAUAAAUUUCAAAAAAGUCAAAAUGAAUUAUAUUUCAGUGUUCUGAAAUAAAACAUUUUAGGUUUUGCCAAUAGUAAUAUGUUCAAUCAAAGAUAAAGGUAUUUUAUGUAUUCAAAAUAGUUUUGUCAUCAUGUGUGAAAAACUUAUGAGAUAUGAAUAAUUUCAAGUUGAUUUCCUUGAAGCUUUCAUACAUUUGGGAUAGGAUCCAAUUAAGAACGUCCGUAUUUCAGUUGCUAAAGUUCUUCAAAAACACUUAUUUAAACCCAAAACAUCAGAAAAAGAUGGUUUGUUUAGGGAAUAAACUUCUAUUUAAACUCUUUGGAAUUUAUUAACCAAAGAUAAUGUUGUAUUGAACUCCUUAAAUAACAAGAAGUAUCCCAUAACCAAGUAAGACAUUUAACAAUAUUUAGUUAAUUAAAAAGUCAAAUAACUUAAUUGACCUAAAGUUAAAUAAAACUCUAACAACCAGAAUAACAACAACAAUAAUAAUAAUAAUAAUAAUAAUAACAACAACAACAAUAACCUUUAACUGAUGAAGAAUAAUAACAAGCAAAUGGUCCAGCUCCUGAAUAAAAUUAAAUAACUCAAAAUCAAGAACUCAUGAUUUUAGAAGAACAAUUUGAAAAGAGUAAUCAUAUUGAACAAAAUCCCACUAAUAUUGAAUAGGUAGCAUAAGAAGAAGAACAAAUCAAGCAAGUUAUUGAUAACACUGAAAAUGUUGUAAAAGAAAAUAACUUUGAAGAGAACCAAUAAAAUUAAAUUCAAUUGGAAGCAGAUUUAAAUGAGGAAAAAUAAGAAAUCGAAAAUUAAUAGGAAUAAGAAUAAUAACAAAUUGAGUAAAAAGAAGUAGAGGACAAUUCCUAAAAUGUUAAGGAAAAUGAAGAAAAAGAAAUAGAGUAAGAAUGA